AUGGCUACUUUCCAUGAUAAUAAAGACCAUAAUAUAGUCGAAAUUGAAGAAGAUCAUGGUUGUGAAAUUACUACAGAAUUGAGUGAAAACAAUCAUGAUGAAUUAGUGAAUAGUGGUGAAUUUAAUAUAGUUGAGAUUGAACAAAAUGCCAGUGCAAAUGCGAAGAGUGAUGUGAAUAAUGAGACAAUAGAGUUAUGUAUUGGAAUGGAGUUUCAGUCACUAGAUGAUGCUUUAAUGUGUUAUACUAAUUAUGCAAAACAUGAAGGUUUUGGAAUUCGCAAAAACCGCAUACAAAAGUCUAGAAAGAAUCAAAUGGUUAUUGGACAAGAGUUUGUUUGUUCAAAAGAAGGUUACCGUGCAAAAAAAUAUUUAGAGCGAGACAAUAGGAAAAAACCUCCAUCUGAUGAAACACGCAUGGGAUGCAAAGCCAUGAUUUAUGUAUCUAGAAAAGACGAAGACAAAUGGAUAAUAUCUAAAUUUACUAGAGAUCAUAAUCAUGUGCUUGCUUCUCCUAGUAGUGCUCGAUUUCAUCGAGUUCAUAGAAAGAGGACAAAAUCUCAAAGGAAUUUGAUUGACGUGCUUGAUGAAUCUGGAAUUCGUCCUAGUAAAAUAAUGUCAGUUUUGGUUACUGAAUCUGGAGGAAUAGAUAGGGUCGGUUGUACAGAGCGAGAUAUUCAAAAUUAUUUAAGUAACAAAAGGCAAAAGCAACUUGAGAAAGGAGAUGCACAAGCAAUGUUGUAUAAAAUGCCAUUUGUUCCCUUCACUGGAGUCAAUCACCAUCACCAGUCCAUUUUAUUUGGUUGUGCUCUAUUAUGGGAUGAGACAGUGGAAACAUUUGUUUGGCUAUUGAAUACUUGGUUAGGAGCAAUGGAUGGAUGCCAUCCAAAAACAAUAAUUACAGAUCAAGAUACAGCUAUAACUACUGCAAUUGCAAAGGUCUUGCCAAAUACUGCACAUCAUUUUUGCAUGUGGCAUAUUGAGAAAAAAUUUCCUGAAAAUCUUAGCCAUGUUUAUCAUAAGUUUGAUGAUUUUAAGUUUCAAUUUUCACAUUGUAUCCAUAGGAUAUAUAUCCCGAAUGACUUUGAAGUAGAAUGGAAAAAAAUUCUUGACAAGUAUGGUUUACGAGGAAAUAGUUGGCUUGAGAAGUUGUAUUCCAUUCGUGAAAAAUGGAUUCCUGCUUAUGUACGUACUAGUUUUUGUGCUGGAAUGUCUACUACUCAAAGAAGUGAAAGUAUGAAUAAGUACUUUAAAGAUUAUAUAAAUGCUAAUACACCAAUAAGUAAGUUUGUUGUUCAAUAUGACAAGGCUCUUGACGCAAGGUACAAUAAAGAAAGGGAGAAAACCUUCAAAACAUUGAAUUCAAAACCUAUCUUAAAGACAUUGUACCCAAUGGAGGAAGAAGCUUCAAAGGUUUAUACAAGAAAGAUGUUCAGAAUGUUUCAAGACGAAUUGAUUCAUUCUCAGCAAUUUGUUGCAGAAAAAAUUAUUACUAUUGAGCAUGAGUCUGUAUAUAGGGUGCAUGAGUUUGACAAAGAAAAAUCAGAGUACAUAGUGACAUUCAUGAGUUCGUCAACAACCAUAGAGUGCUCAUGUCACAUGUUUGAAUUUUUGGGCAUCCUUUGUAGACACCAGUUGAUGGUUCUUAUCAAGAAAAAUGUGUACUCUUUACCGAAGCUCUACAUUUUAAAAAGAUGGACAACAGAUGCUAAAAAGGGAGAAAUUACAAGGACAUCAAAUAAAGAAGAGAUGACUGAUGUCAAUAUGUGUUCAACAACAUUGUUUAAUAAUAUCAUGGUUCACUCAUUACAACUUUCUGAAAAAGCUUCACGUUAA